CGCCACUCAGCGCAAGGCCCUCGAUAAUCUUCUCUAUGAGGUCAGAGUCUUUCGUGAGCAGUGCGCUGGCCUGAUCCCUGACAUCGACUGGGACGCCGACCUUUGCUCCGCCGCCACUUCCUACGACGGCGAGGAGGUGUUCCCUGCCGAGCCCCUUGACCGUGAUCGUUUGCUCGAAGCCCUGCCUCCUCGAGAGGCGUGCGCGGCCGUGAGGGCCGUUGAUGCGACAGAGGGUUGGAUCAGAGCUGCCCUCUCCGACCCAGGUCUGAUCCUGAAGGACGAGUCGGAGCUUGGCAGCUUGCCCCCCACUCCGAAGGUCUGGGCCUCGAACGAGGAAUGGGAGCUCAUCGCUGGCGACCUACUCGAGAGGGGGAUUCUCAAGACGAUUGAGUACGAGGACAUCGUGGAGGUUCAAGGGCGAAAGUUGGUGGGGGGCAUGUUCGGCGCGAAGAAGGGAUCCCACUUGAAGGGCGAGGGGCCGCAGCGGCUGGUGAUGAACAUCAUCCCCUCCAACUUCAUCCAGAAUACUAUCGAGGGCGACAUGCCGAUGCUGCCCCACAGCGACAAGUGGAAGAGCGUGAUCCUCAGGUCUGGAGAGGUGAUGCUCUGGAGUGCGGAGGAUCUAAAGUGCUGCUUCUACGUGUACAGCCUCGGCGAUGUGCGGCUGAAAUACAUGGCCAUCUCAAAGCCCGCGAGGAGGUGCGUCGCUGGGCUUUCAGGCAAGGGCAUGAUAUACCUGGCCGCCGCCGUCGAACCCAUGGGAUGGAUGUCGGCCACCGGUGGCUCUCACAUCUCAGGAGUGGCUCCUGUCCGUGGCGAGGUCGGCCGCACUUAUGAUGACGACAAGCGGACGAUCUACAUCGGGCGCGGCUCCAGCCCACUACAGCUUGCUCCAUCGAAGUGGGGCAACCCGUUCCGCAUUCGGGAUGGUCUGGACAGGAGGCGGGCCAUCGAGCUAUUCGCAGAGCACCUGGAGAAGUCGCCCGACCUUCUGGCCGACUUAUCUUCUCUGAGUGAUGUUCGGCUGCUUUGCCACUGCAAGGAGCACCAGGGCCUGGCAGGUUACAUCGACAACUUGGACGUGCUGGAGAUCACCGACUGGUGGCACGCCAAGUCCCUGCAGGAGGAGGUGAUCAGCGAGGCGGUCGAUCUGGCCCGUCGGAGGUAUGAGCACUUCAACGUGCCAAGAAGCGAGAACAAGGCCGUCAUCCGCGAGACCACGACGCAGUCCUUCGGGGAGGCGAUCGAUGGGGAGCGCGGCACCAUCGGGCCGCCCGCAGAGUUCGUGCGACGGUUGAUCUCCCUCACCUUGGCUGGCGCGAAGCAGAUGUGCUUCACCCACUUGUGGCGAUUCUUAGUGAAGUUGCGUGGUGAUGCGAAGGUGCCGCGUAAGGUGCGCGAGGAGCUGGUGUCGGCCUUAACGUUGCUCCCUUUACUUCGCUGCGACCUGCGCGUGCCGAUCAGCGGGCUGGUGACGGUCUCGGAUGUCAGCAUGCAGCGUGGAGCCGUGUGUCGAGCUGUUCGCAUUCGGCCUGAUGGAGUGGCCGCUGCGAGAGCGGCCAGCCGAAGGCUGGUGACUGACUUCCGCGACGAGGUGGUGCUCCUGUCCUUGUUCGACGGCAUUGGUGGGGCUCGCCGCGCCCUGGACCUGUUGGGGCUCACUCCCGCGCUGUUCGUGUCCGCCGAGAUCGACGCCGAGGCGAAGCGAGUGACCAAGUAUGCAUGGCCGGACGUGCUGGAAGUCGGCGACGUCUGCUCCUUUGGGUUCGCCGAGGCGGUGGCCAUCCGUCUCGACAAGUGUGCAAGUCAUGAAGUCGAGCGUUGGCGCAGGUUCAACUACUGCUACGCGCCCUACCAGUUCCAGGACAUCAACUGCAUCGAGGAGCCUGACGGCAGCCGAAGGCCCCCCUCGAGUGUCGAGAGAGAGCUGCUGCUCGACUUCCUUCCAGGGCACACGAUCACGGCACGAGUGACUAGAGCGCGCAAGCUUGAGAAAGCUGAUCUGGAGCGUUGCCGGUGCGCUCUGCUUGGGAACAGUUUUCAGUGUGUGGUUGUCGCCUGGGUGCUGGCCCACUGGGCUCAGAGAGCAGGCUACCUGACCGAGAUCCCCUCCGUCAGGCAGAUGCGUGAGACUGGAGGUGGCGCCACCAUCGCCGAUGCCACAGUCAGCAUGGACCAGAUGGAUUGCGACGACGGUGUCUUGGUGCGCCAGCACGAUCUCGAGAGUGAGGAUGCCGCGCUGGACCCCAGCAUCAUCAUCGUGGAAGAGCUGGCCCGCCGUGCCGAGGCCAGAGGCAGCGACAUCAGGCUUGACACGUUCGAGGCGAUGCGGCCUGAUCUGUGGCCCAGGCGACCAGUCAGUGUGGCACGCUGGCCAUGGAAGGCCACCGCCAUCUGGGACUGGAAGCACCCGUCCCACAUCACGGUCGAGUUCAACACAGAGUCAGAGCAGCGCAGGAUCAG